AUAUCAUUGACUCUAAAAGCUUUCGGACAAUUGAUUCAACUAAACUUGCAUAAAAACGAUCGUAUUGUAUUGCCUGAGUAUGAAGGAUCAUGUCAGUUCAGCGAUCAUCAACUUCUGUGACGAAUAUGGAUUGGAAGGACUCGUUUUUCUGAAGAACGACAACUUUGAGAUUAAACCUUUGCGGAACGACCUUGCGUCUUUGUCAUUACUCGACGAUAUUUACGUUCAAGAACAAAUUAAUCUUUCAUUCGGAAAACCUCACCUUAUUAAAAGAUCACUGCAAUAUUUUGCUAAUUCAAGUCUUUAUCAUUUCGACAAUUUCAAAUCGAAGCAACGUUAUGUACGAAAUACGCAACAGAAAUUAAUCGUAGAAUUGGCCGUUUUCUUCGACAAAUCAGCCACUGAUAAGAACAAAUAUUUUUUACGUUUCCAUUAUAAAAAGUUACGCAAUCUGAUAUUUGCAUACGUGAAUCAAAUCCAACUUUUGUUCCAUCAUCCGAGUUUGGGUGUUUCCAUCGAUAUUUGGUUGGUACAUUUAGAAAUUAUGCAAGAACAACCGAAAAGUUUGCCAGUUUACGACUUUGAGAAAAAAAAAAUAUUUACUGCUUCGGAAAUACUCCAAUCGUUCUGCAAUUACGCGACUCUCAGUCUUAGGAAAAAGCGUCAUUGGGACCUUGGUCUUUAUAUAAGCGGAUUAGAUUUUUCGUUUAUAAGACAAGGUAAUGGUGGAAUUGAAGGACUUGCCUAUAUAGGAAGAUUGUGCAAGAACUGGUCGUCUUGCGCGAUAGCAAAAUUCGGUGCUGUACCUAGAGCAGUACAUUCUGGCUUUGCAGCAGCUCGCAUUGCUGCUCACACACAUGAAAUUGCUCAUGUUUUAGGAGCACAUCACGAUGUAGAGAUAGAUGGGAAAUGUAAUAAGGACAAAUACUUGAUGGGCAAUAACUGGCUAAAACGAGGCCAAGCAACAUGGUCAGAAUGUAGUCGUAACCAAAUUGAAGAACUCGACGAAAAGUGUCUUAGAAAUCAGGCGAGAUCGAUAAACCUCGAUGACGCAUAUGCAUUCUAUCAUUUGCGUUAUCAUGAUUUACCCGGAAGAGAAUGGACCGCAAAAGCACAAUGCGAAUUACAUUUUCGUGACCAUAAUGCAAACGUAGUCACGUUGCAUGAUAUAUGUGAUACUUUAGAAUGCGAGGUGCCUAGUACGUCCAACGAUAAGACAUCAUAUAAUCGCAUUGGAGCGCCGUUGGAUGGAACUUAUUGCGCACCCAGGAAAGAAUGCCGGGGUGGAAAAUGCGUGCCCGUUCAAGAACCGCCAUAUAUUUUAAUUAUUAUAGAAAGGAUAAAUGGAGUGAAUGGGAACUGUAAUUUUUUCACCAGCCAAACAAUUUAUCAGUUUGCUCUAAAAAUGUGCUGGACAUUGAGCAAAGCUAUGGAAAGGUUCAGAGGUCCAACAAUCCAAUUAGAAAAUCGGAUAGAAUCCUCAUGGAAGCAGGCCUCUCAUGAUGUCGAGAAACCAUGGAUAGCCUGCACUAUAUUCUGCCUACUAAAGAACACAAGUACUUACUACCUA